CAGGAGAUGAAGCAACAGCAGGAGAAAAGGCAACACCCAACGAAAGGGUUUGUGGACAUUGUGGAAUACCAUAAGCCGGGCCUUGGGGGCAGAGAGGUCACCAUUCACCCAACAUCACGGUUCAUACCUCAAAACAGCCUGUCAAAGAGAAAGAAGAGGGACUACAAGUACGAAGACCACGCCGUUGUCCUGCGUCGUACGUGGAUGGAACACCAUGGGGUGUCACUUCUGGUCCGCAUUGAGCUCGAGAUUCACUCAAAGCCUCUCUGUUCCGCAUUUCGACGGAUUGCUGCUAGGCGCUAUGCGAGUACGGAUCUCACGUCACAUCCCAUCAAGCUGCCAGGUCCUUUUAUAGAGCUUUUCUUCUACCGUACCGAAAUACGGGCACUUGCCGAGACCACAAGCGACCCAGAUCUUCGACGGGCUGCCAGAGCACUGGACGAGUUCGUGCAUCGGCCUGAUGGGGUCGUGGAAAGUAUCAUCCAAGAUCAUGAGAGGUACUCAAAGGAAGGCCAUGUUCUCAACGACAUACUAUGGACAAUCUAUCCACCAAACAGCUUGGCUGUCCUUGACAACGGUGUAUUCAAGGAGUGUUGGCUUAUUCGCGACGUCGUCACCGAAACGAAUGAAAUGGGAAUGACCUUCUGGGUGGUAGUUGGUUUGAGGCUCGAUUAUGACGGCAGUUCCCCAGGCCUUGCACGCCAGUCUUUUCGCACUCCAGUAAUCGGGAUUCGGCCGCAGAAGAUCUCGAACCUAUCUCUCAUCCCCAUUCAGAAUUACGCCGACUGGCAAAAGCUGCGAGGCACCUUGCUGACAAGAUCAAAGCAGCUUACGGAGGCACUGGGCGUUGACUUUUCAUCUUUCAGGUGUCAGAGUUACAGUGGCCCUUCCUGGGAUCGAAAGUCUGCACAUCCUUCUGGGAAACAUCAUGAUCAAGAGAAUCUUAUGUUGAGCGCUACGCAAGUCGAUGAACGCUUUAUAAUGGACUUUAAGGCAAUUUCCUCGUACCGAAAUAUUACCUUGGAGGACCUUAAAAGCACCUCUAUCUCUACCGAAAGCUCGAGGUUCAAGAAGCAAAUUUCGAACCCAAUGCCAAGGGGCUUUGCGCGAGAUUGGGGGAUUGAACCAAAAGACAUCAAACCUUCCCGAAAGGAUGAUGACAGUUCUUCGGAUUCGGACAGUUCCUUGGAUUCCUCAGAUUUGGAAUUUCUUGACACUGCUCUAAAACAGGAACAUGCGGUGGAUCUGGCGGCAUUCCCAGCUCAAGCAAGGUCAAGUUUUGAGGUAGAGACAGCGGGCGACGAACAACCAAAGCGUGAAAAGGCAAAUUUUGGGACAAUCAACGGCGUGGUCGAGGCCGCUGCAAAGAAGUUCAAAGUCGAAAAGUCUGAUGUUGAGCUGCUUUUCCCGGCCUUGGUUCCAGUUUUUGGUCUUAAAAGCAAAAGCUGGCGCUGGGCUCUCGCUGACAAAUUGCAAGACGUGAAGUGGAACAUGACAGCCUUCCGGUCUCUCCAACUCGACCAGCUUACGAAGAACUUGAUACAAGGUCUGGUGAAAGGACACAAGGACAAGAAAGUUGUCUUCGACGACAUCAUUGAGGGAAAAGGCCAAGGAUUGAUCUUCCUUCUUCAUGGUAAACCUGGACUAGGCAAAACAUUGACAGCGGGGGGUGAACUGGGGACCGAAGUCUCUGCAGUCGAAAAGAAACUGCAGGAAAUUUUCGAAAGAGUAAAAAGAUGGGGCGCUGUAACACUGCUCGAUGAGGCAGAUGUUCUCUUAUGCAAGAGGAGCUCGGCUGAAAUGCAACGAAAUGCUGUUGUUGCCGUCUUCCUGAGAAUGCUAGAGUACUUUCAAGGCGUGCUAUUCCUCACAACCAACAGGAAGCAAGACUUUGACGAUGCCUUCAAGUCCCGUAUCCACGUCACCAUAUCGUAUCCCAAGCUGAGUUCCGAGGCAAAGUCUCAAAUUUGGGAGAGCCUGAUCAGCACAAAUAAGUCUGUGGAGACCGACGCGUCAUGGACCAAGGCUGUUUACACUGCUCUUGGAAAAUUGAACCUGAAUGGUCGGACGAUCAAGAAUAUUCUGAGGACUGCGGUUGCCUACGCAAACUCCGAAGGGAAGCCCCUGGGAGCUCGACACGUGCUAGCUAUGUUGCGGACGGAACUGCAGGGAAAUGGGGAUGAAGGUUCCGACGACGAGGAUAACAAACUGAAAGACGGGGUGCAUGAUUCGUUGAGUGAACUGCACACUAUUUUAGAUAUUCCUUUCUGA